AUGGGGUUAUCACGCUGGCAAAGCUUCCAAGAGAGCAUCAACGACUCGAAUCGGAAAUACGUACACAAGCUGGCAAUGUCUCACUGGGCGAGCAUCGAUGACUUUCGCUGGAUACAAGACAACCUACCUGCUUUGACUGGUCUGGACAUAUCGGCUAUCAAAGACUUUGUGUGGACACCUGAGGAGACGUGGACUUGGAAGAUGCUUGCAGAAGCCUGUCACACGCUGUUCGCACGACUCGAGGAGCUGGAGGUGGCAAACUGGGCAGACUACACGGCACACUCACGUAUCGAGUACAGCUAUGCAUAUAAUGACUAUCGCUUCAAGCAGAAAUUCAGGAUAUCGAGGCGGAGAAAUGGUGGAUCCAUUGCUAGCAUGAUAUUCCCCAUCUGCAACAAACUGAAAACGCUUGCGAUACGAGAGCGGUACUCCGGCUUCCACACGUGGAAUGAGUGGGAGGUCCACCAACGGGUAUGCUGUUUAGUGGAUGGCGUGCAAAAGUACUGUCCACCGAGCAUGACAAAGCUAAGGGUACACGAUUAUGCGCCAUAUCGAUCGCUUUUCUCCACCGAUGCUACAUCAUGGGCGCGCUUAACCGACGUUGAGAUUGGUCUCUACAGCUGGAUGGAGGACCGCCGCGACAGAGAUGUCAUUGGCCCUAUUCCAUACAGAAUCACACAGGGACACCACCACCGCGACGAGGAGGAAGCCUUCGAUGACAAGACCUUUGAUGCUUGCGCGCGUGACCACAUGGUCCUAGGAAAUCAUGUUGUCCAGGGCGUUGGCGCCUCUUUCGAGGACCUACUCCAAAGUCUCCAGACCAUCAGCAACAAAUAUCCGAAAAUCAACAUCAAACCCAUCCGUAACCUCCAGAACAUCACAUUGCAUCCAUUCCACCUUGUCAACGUCAUGCAGCGCCGACAUCACUUCGGUCAGAUCACGCAACAGAACAAUGACCAAGCAUCAAGUGACCCGAGUUCCAAGCCGGAGGUGCAGGAAGCGUUGCGCUGGCUGGCGCAGAAGUGUGACUGGAAGCCGAUCCUAGCCUGGGACUCGAUGAUGUGUGAUGUCUUCCCAGCAAAUCUCGAACCUCGGACCUUCCUUUCGAAACCUGACGUCCUCUCCCGCAUACAGACCAUGGUCUCUACGCUUCGUGGCUUGAGCAUACCAAUUCGUAUAUCCAUUGGCGAUCGUACUAACACUUGCCCUUCCUCUGGUCUGGACGGUUCACUAUAUUUUGGUGACUACAAGACAUUCAUUGGCGAAGAUGAUGAAAAGCGUGAAGUGCUUGUUCCCACACAGGCCUCCUUCAACCUAACAUCGAUUGCGUCCAUGGUCGACGAACUUACUAUCCAAUACCCUGUCGAUGUUCCUGGUGUAAGCGGUUGGCUGCGCGCAGCAAAACGACCAACUCCAGCAGAAAAGGCCCUUAUGCAGCGCGAGAUGGUAGGAUGGCGCCGCUUCUGGGCCCGCUACGCAUCACAGUUCAAAAAUCUUAAGAAGCUUACCGCAAACGUACCCAAUGAUAUUUAUGAAGACUGGGGUAAGAGUGAGCUGGCGGGUCUGCUUGUGGAUGCACGAUGGCAGAUGCUAGAGGUAGAAGAGCAGGGUGGCGAUUACGGCUUCUUCGGUAGCUACUUUCCAUUUAGCUCGAGCUCUCUCCGCUACAGCUUCUCCCGCAAGCGAUCCCGCACCAAAUUCGCUCAGCGUGUAUUUUUUCGCCUAGACGACGAGCCGCUUGACCUCUCAAUACCCAAUGUCGAGCUAUGCGAACAGGAGCGUGAGGAGAAGGAGAUUAUUGAUGAGCAAAUCAAGGACAAGGGGAUACUCCCCCACCGCUUUUGGCUGACGAAGGACGAAGAGAUGGGCGGGAAGAGGAAGAGACUAGAAGAAGGGCAGGAGAGACAAGACGAGCAGAUUAGUAAGAGGAUACGCACAAACGAACUCACCUAG